GGCAAGGCCCCCGACGACCCAUCCACCCCGCUCGAGGUAUGCACUGCUCAGGAGCAGGGACUCCCAGAGGGUACCAGCCUCGGGCGGGCGUCGCCACGCUUUGAGUCAGGAGAUAGACAACACAGAACGCAGCAAGGCGGAAAACAUGGAUACUUCAAGGACAACGGCGUUUGCGAACACAACUGCAACCAGCGGGACAACAGCCUCAGGAAUGGCAGCGACAGCCGAUAUGACAAGGACCUCCCCGACGACAACAAUGGCAUGGAUGCGGAGAGCCACAACAUCGCGGAGGAGGAGGAGGACCGCGAAGGCCCAUACGAGGGGCUCAUGAUCCAGAGCCUCAGCCAGCACCGGAAGGCGACCGACAGCGACACCUGCCACACGAACGGCAGGGUCGAGGACUCCCCCAUUGCG